AUGCAAGAAUUACCAUCGAGGAAGCCGUAUCAAAGUUUGGAUGCAGCAAUUCCGAUCAUACUACGACCGCUAUUUCGAGCUUACAUCUUAGGUUAUGCAUCAAGCGCAGGACCAAGACUGUUGACGCUUUUUCUGCUUCACUUGAGUCGACAUCGGAAGAAUAUUGACCCAAGACCCGAUGGUGAAGGUUAUUUCUGGACUUCGUUACUUGGAAUUUUGAAAGGGGGUUUAGAGAUACAAAGGUUUCCAACAUUUUGUGCGGCGCUGGUCGGAGGCAGUACUUUAUUACAGAUUCCUUUACGGGAAUUGUUUGAGAGGUUAUUGGGAAAUCUAUCUGUGAUCACCCAGCUCAGGCUCACUCGCUAUCUUUCAACCUUCAUAUCAGCUUACUUCAGUCUCAAAUUACUUCAAUCCCGUCCAAGUAAAACUUUCACUGAAGAUCUACCAUAUGAAACCAAAAAUGGAAUCGAAUUACGCCCUACUCGGUUUGCGGGAAGAACUCUAGACUUGACAUUAUUCGCUUUUACUCGAGCCGUUGAUUGCAUAGUUGGGGAAUUAUGGGCUAGAAGGAAGAGCCGGCGGCAGUUUUCUGGCAGGUGGUCGAGGGUAGACAGAACAAUCUCAUCCCUCACAGACCCAGCUUUGUUCGCCACAUCCUGCGCUCUAAUAAUGUGGGCUUUCAUUUACACCCCCGCUCGUCUUCCAAGCGCCUACAACAAAUGGAUCAAAUCCGCCGCUCAAGUGGAUUCUCGUCUACUAAAAGCUCUCCGCUAUUGUCGUUAUGGUGAACUAAAAUAUGGAGUCGAAACAGGUCAAGCACAUCUCCUAGGAGAUGUGUGCAAAGAUUAUGGUCUACCAGAAGAGUAUGGGGACCCUACAAAAUCCAUCCCAUUCCCCUGUGAAUUGGUCCACAUGGGUGCUGGUCCAAGCUGUGAAUUCCAUGCGGUGUCUAGAUUUUAUAAAUCUUUUAUUUGGUCUGCUUCAAUGUAUCUGCCACUAAACUUGGCACUUAUUUUCCGUAACCCAAAAGUUUCGAAAAAAGCUCUUACUCAUGCCCUCAAAUCAUCAGCUCGUUCUUCGGCCUUUCUCUCUACUUUCAUAACACUUUUCUACUAUGGUAUCUGUCUGACUCGUACUAAAUUCGGUCCUCAGAUCCUUGGUACAUCUCCCCACGCCUGCCAAGCCAUCGAUUCAGGAUAUUGUAUAGGAACCGGAUGUUGGAUGUGUGGAUGGAGUGUACUUAUAGAAAGUGCAAAGAGGAGGGAAGAGAUGGGAUUAUUUGUAGCACCAAGAGCAUUAGCUACACUUCUGCCGAGGAGGUAUAGAUGGGAGGAGCAGUGGAUUGAGAGAGCAAUUUUUGCUUGGGGGACGGCGGUUGUUUUUACAUGUGUAGGAGAGAACAGGAAUGGGAUUAGGGGAGUUCUGGGAAAAGUUGUGGGUGGGGUUUUACAUUCUGGAGGUGGGUUUUAG